GGCGGCGGCCCCUCCGUGGUCACGGCCAUCGCCAUCAUGGCCCUCUACUCCGUGGUCUGCGUCGUGGGGCUCUUCGGCAACUUCUUGGUCAUGUAUGUCAUCGUCAGGUACACGAAAAUGAAGACUGCUACCAAUAUCUAUAUUUUCAAUCUUGCAUUGGCAGAUGCCCUAGCAACAAGUACUCUGCCAUUCCAGAGCGUGAAUUACUUGAUGGGAACAUGGCCAUUUGGUACCAUCCUUUGUAAGAUUGUUAUAUCCAUAGACUACUACAAUAUGUUCACCAGUAUCUUUACACUCUGCACCAUGAGUGUGGAUCGUUAUGUAGCUGUUUGCCACCCAGUUAAGGCCCUUGAUUUCCGUACCCCCAGAAAUGCCAAAAUUGUCAAUGUCUGCAACUGGAUUCUUUCUUCUGCCAUUGGCCUGCCAGUUAUGUUCAUGGCAACUACUAAAUACAGGCAUGGCUCUAUUGACUGCACACUUACGUUCUCCCACCCUGCGUGGUACUGGGAGAACCUCCUGAAAAUCUGUGUGUUCAUCUUUGCCUUCAUCAUGCCAGUCCUGAUUAUUACCGUGUGCUACGGGCUGAUGAUUCUACGCCUGAAGAGCGUUCGCAUGUUAUCUGGCUCCAAAGAGAAGGACAGGAACCUGCGGAGAAUCACGAGGAUGGUUCUUGUAGUGGUGGCAGUGUUUAUUGUCUGCUGGACUCCCAUCCACAUUUACGUCAUCAUUAAAGCCCUGGUCAACAUCCCAGAAACUACUUUCCAGACUGUCUCCUGGCACUUCUGUAUUGCUCUAGGGUAUACAAAUAGCUGCCUUAAUCCAGUCCUUUAUGCAUUUCUAGAUGAGAAUUUCAAAAGGUGUUUCAGAGAGUUCUGCAUCCCCACUUCCUCAACCAUUGAGCAGCAAAACUCCACCCGAGUCCGGCAAAACACUCGUGACCAUGCUUCCACUGCCAACACUGUGGACAGGACUAACCAUCAGUUGGAACUUCAAGCAGCUGAAACUACUCCACUGCCGUGACAGGGUCUCCUGCCGCAUAGCUCUCAAAGCAAUUGCACACCAGUGCCACAGUGUCUCUGGGCAGUAUGCUAUGGGAAUGCGUAGGAUACCCUUUCCCUCAAAA